UGGCCACGGAAUGGCUUUGUCGCGUGCUCCCACAUGGGCAUGGCCUCAAUGCCGAUGCGUCCUUCGCUCCGGUCCAUCCGUUACAGUCACAGUGACCCUCCGCAAGGGCAAUGACAGACGUCGCAUCAGGGCGACUGCGAGCAGCAGCGGCGACCGCGGAGGGGGAAGCGGAAGGGGAAGCGGAGGGGGAAGAGGCGGAAAAGGGGGCGAUGGGGAGUGGCUUACGGGGGGAUCGUGGUUCGAAUUUGACACCGAUUCCCUCGCCGUGACGUCAGCUCCUCCUGACGAUGACGUCAGCCUGACUGGCGAUGCCAGAGACGCGCCUCGGCCGCCAGAUCUGAUCAUCAGCAGUAGGCCGUCCGAGCUUGAGAUGCGCCGAAAUGGGCGGCAAGUUUCGUCGGAUGCGGCGGCUGGGGCGCGGCUGCGCGGCAGGAGCGGCGGAAGGGGCGGGGGAAGGAGCGGGGGACGGGGCGGGAGCUUGAAAGAUGAGGAGCUGGGGGAAAUAAUGGAGGCGGUUGGGCGCGCGGACGGGGGGAAAGAGGGGGCGGGGGGGGGAGAGGUGGGGGGGGGUGAGGGCGGAUUUUGGAGGGGGGAUGCUAUGGAGGUAGAGAGCGUGAGAGAGGUGCAUUUCAGCGGCUGCAUUAAUGAGUCGUACGCUAUAAGCUACAGGCGGGGGGGAGGGGGAGCGGAGAGGGGGGAUGUGCCCCGGCGGAGCAUCUUUGUAAAAGUGAACAGGAGCUUCAGAGCAAGCGAGAUGUUCGAAGGGGAAGCGCAAGUUCUUUCAGCGAUCGCAGCAACUGAUACCAUCAGAGUGCCUCGGCCAAUCGCAACAGGGGACUUCCGAAGCCUUUCCUCCUCCUCCUCCUCCUCCUCCUCCUCCUCCUCCUCCUCCUCCUCCUCCUCCUCCUCCUCCUCCUCCUCCUCCCUUGCUCUGGAUUCUCCCGAUGCUGUUUCGCAUCGAGGCUCAUAUAUUGUAAUGGAGCAUCUGCAACUGCUGCCAUUCGCUAUGAUGGAUCCGGCCAAUCAGGAGCAGCUAGGCCGGUCACUGGCACAGCUGCACCUCGUGUCAUCUGCCAUUCCAGGGGUUCAAUUCGGUUUCAACUCUCCCACACGGCUUGGCGUCAUGCCCCUAGCCAACACGCCCCGCUCCUCCUCCUGGUCCCAUUUCUUCAUCACCCAUCGAUUACGGGACCGCCUCGACCGUGUCCUGGCUAGAUUUGGUGACGAGGCUCGGGAGCUUCGGGAGAUCGUCCCGAGCCUGGUAGAGGCGGCUGAGCGGAUCUUGUCUUCCGAAGCGAUGGCGGACGUUCGGCCGAGCCUGCUCCAUGGAGACCUCUGGGUGGGCAAUGCGGGCAUGCUUCGAUCAGGACAGGCAGUGAUGUUCGACCCAGCAGGAUUCUUCGGCCACUCUGAAUUCGAUCUGGCUUUCAGAGGCUGGAAGCCCGCCCCUGGCUUCCCUGGUUUUACCGAUUCUUUCUACACUGCAUAUCACGAAGUGAUACCCAAGGCUCCGGGGUUUGAGGAGAGGCAGUGCGUGUACCAGCUGUUCCACCUGCUAAAUCACGUGCUUAUAUAUGGAAGGGAGUAUUUCCCUCAUGCUAUGCAGAUGGCGACCCGUGUCGUUCAACUUCUGUUAGACGAAACAGUGUAUCCGUGAUAGUCCCAUCCCAUGGGACUCUCGUGUGAGAUGGACGUGCAUGGAAGUUCUCAUUUUUCCAUAAUAUGCAGGAUGCCUAUAACCAUAUGGAGAGGAUUGAUUAUGUGUCUGAUGACACCUACUUGUAGUACUCAUGCAACAAUAUGUCAUU